AUGCUCUGCCAAGGGGAUGGCGUGAGCCCAGUUAGCGCAGGAUCCCCACACCCCCAGUCACCGGAUCACACGGUGGCAGCUGGUCCCAGACACCCAGCCAGGCCCACCAUGAAGUCCACAGGGAGCGAACAAGGUGCCGCGCCGGACGGUUUCCCCUCCGACUUGGACGAACUGGAUAGCGGAAGCGAGGAGAGCUCCGACAACAAGUCGACGGGCAGCGGCUGUAGCCCCCAGGGAGGGGGCCGGGAGGGGGCCAGGCAGAGGGAGAGGGGGUGCAGCAGGCGUCUGCAGGGCGUUAGCAAACAGAGGCAGGCAGCCAAGCGGGAGCGGGACCGGACCCACAGCGUGAACACGGCCUUCACCGCGCUGCGCACCCUCAUUCCCACAGAACCAGCCGAUAGGAAACUGUCCAAGAUCGAGACGCUGCGCCUGGCGUCCAGCUACAUCUCCCACCUUGCCAACGUGCUGCUGCUGGGGGACGAGUGUUUGGACGGGCAGCCCUGUCUCGGGUACCACAGCAUCCUGCAGAGCAGCACCAACAUCAACAGCCCCCCACUCAGGCCCAUAUGCACUUUCUGUCUCAGUAACCAGAGGAAAAUGCUCAGAGAUGGAGGAAAGCACACAGCCAUCUGA